GUGUGUGCAGUAAAUCCAUAAAGGUGUGUAGCGCCACGGGGAGCCAAUCCGAACACACUCAGCUGGUCCUCGGCCGUAUCGGGCAUAGAGGACACGGGUCAAUGAUUGCGGGCAGUUGGAUUUCAGGGAAAUUGAGGAGUCAUAUAAUUAAUACCGAGAUUUGUCUGAUGUCACUGUCUUUGGAGAAGGGCUUCGGCAUGUACUCCAACUCCCACCCGGCGAGGUAUCUGCCGGCUCCCCCGCUGACCAGCCCGUACAUCUCGUCGUCUUAUGGGGACUUCAGUGACUACCACCACCCGGUCCCGGGGUUCCUCGACCCGCUCUGUGACCUGCCAGCGGCUGCAUGGAGCCGGGCCAACGCAGCUCCGCGGGAGGACUGGGCCACGUUGAGCCAUGGCUUCCCAGGUUCGAGUCCCGAUGCCGGCCCAGCGUCUUACGAGAGCACGGAGUUUGCAGCGCUGCACCCGGCCUUCGGAGGGGGGGCCUGCGCCCCACUCAUCAGAGGCCCGGGAGACCCCUUUACACACUCUGUGAUUAGUAGAUCAUACGAAUGGAUCAGAGACAGUGGGCUCCCAGAGUCAGGCCACGGCGCAGAGCAUCGCCCCGGUCCGACGGCUGAGGGCAGCCAGGUUUCAGGCUCUACUGGAGGAAGGACCCGCACCACAGACAAGUACCGGGUGGUGUACAGCGACCGGCAGCGGCUGGAGCUGGAGAAGGAGUUCCAGCACAGCCGCUACAUCACCAUCCAGAGGAAAGCCCAGCUAUCCCUGGAGCUCCACCUCUCCGAGAGACAGGUGAAGAUAUGGUUCCAGAACCGACGCGCCAAAGAACGCAAGCUGGCGCGCAGGAAGCAGCAGGCCUCCUCCCAGCAGGCCUCCCAGCAGGCCUCCCAGCAGACCUCCUCCCAGCAGGCCUCCUCCCAGCAGGCCUCCUCCCAGCAGGCCUCCCAGCAGGCCUCCCAGCAGGCCUCCUCCCAGCAGGCCUCCUCCCAGCAGGCCUCCUCCCAGCAGGCCUCCUCCCAGCAGGCCUCCCAGCAGGCCUCCUCCCAGCAGGCCUCCUACCAGCAGGCCUCCUCCCAGCAGGCCUCCUCCCAGCAGGCCUCCCAGCAGGCCUCCCAGCAGGCCUACCAGCAGGCCUCCCAGCAGGCCUCCUCCCAGCAGGCCUCCCAGCAGGCCUCCCAGCAGGCCUCCCAGCAGGCCUCCCAGCAGGCCUCUGGAACGUCGCCGCCACCACAGGAGGCGUCCUUGGACCCGCCCCCUCGGACGCCCCCGGUGCCGCCAGUCCAGUGGUAG